ACAGAGCUCAUAACUUCUAACAGAAAAUUAAAUUUUAUGCCACUCAAGAGAACUCAGCACUUUGAACUUUGGUGAAAGUCUCAUUAGAUUGAAAUUUCUAAACUUUUCUUAAGAGAUUAAGUUUCUUUUGUUUUCCUCUCUUCUGAGCUGCAGAAAUCAGAUAAAACUACUUGAUAAAAUGACUACUUGUCAUAUUGCUAAAGAUCCUAUAAAAAAGAUUGCUAUCUUUGGAGGAACUCAUGGGAAUGAGCUAUCAGGAGUAUUUCUAGUUAAGCACUGGAUGGAGAACGGCACUGAAAUUCAGAGAACAGGGCUGGAGAUAAAACCAUUUCUUUCCAACCCAAGAGCAGUGGAGAAGUGUACCAGAUAUAUUGACUGUGAUCUGAAUCGAGUUUUUGACCCAGAAAAUCUUGGCAAAGAAACAUCAGAGGACUUGCCAUAUGAAGUGAGAAGGGCUCAAGAAAUAAAUCAUUUGUUUGGUCCUAAAGAUAAUGAAGAUUCCUAUGACAUUAUUUUUGACCUUCAUAACACUACUUCUAACAUGGGGUGCACUCUUAUUCUCGAAGAUUCCAGGAAUGACUUUUUAAUUCAGAUGUUUCAUUAUAUUAAGACUUCUUUGGCUCCAUUACCCUGCUAUAUUUAUCUUACUGAGCAUCCAUCCCUCCAAUAUGCAACCACGCGUUCAAUAGCCAAGUAUCCUGUUGGCAUAGAAGUGGGUCCCCAGUCUCAAGGGGUUCUGAGAGCUGAUAUCUUGGACCAAAUGAGAAAAAUGAUUAAACACGCUCUUGAUUUUAUACAUCAUUUCAAUGAAGGGAAAGAAUUUCCUCCCUGUGCUAUUGACGUCUAUAAAAUAAUGGAGAAAGUCGAUUAUCCAAGGAAUGAAAGUGGAGAAAUCACUGCCAUUAUCCACCCUAAUCUGCAGGAUCAAGACUGGAAACCAUUGAAUCCUGGAGAUCCUGUGUUUUUAACUCUUGAUGGAAAGACUAUUCCAUUGGGCGGAGACUGUACCGUGUACCCGGUGUUUAUAAAUGAGGCUGCAUAUUAUGAAAAGAAAGAAGCUUUCGCAAAGACAGCUAAACUGACACUCAGCGCAAAAAGUAUUUGUCCCCUUUUCCAUUAGAAAUCACUUCUAGCUCACCUGUUACACAGUAUCUGGAACAAGCUUAGUUUGUAAGCUCCUGAUGGGCAGGAUUAUGCCUUAUUCAAUUUCCUACCCAUAGCACCUAGCCCAAGGCCUUGCACACAGUGGGCAUUCAGGUAAAGUUCCUGAAUGAAUGAAUAAAUUAAUGAAUAGCUUUUAAAUGUAUCAUGUCUGAACAUAGCUUAUUCAAAGUGAGUUUCUUAUUUCUGUAUAGCUUUUUUAUACAUUAUACUUUGAUAUUUUAACGUUCUUAAUAAAGUCUUUAAAUUAGAAUUUUAAAAUUGAAAUAGAUUUUAUAUACAAAAAGUUAUUAACUUGAGCAUAGAAUUAAGUAUAUGUUUUUGAGUAAUGUAUAAAUGCUACUAGAAAGUAAUGGUGCUAUCUUUAAAUUUUUCAUAUUUAGAUGAAUGAUAAUGUAUUAAGUAUCCAGUCCAUAAACUUUAACAAUAGUUUUGAUAUCCGUAGAUUUUUAAAUGCUCUUUUGAAAAUGAAAUGUGAAGGAAAAAUGAGGGCUGACUGUAAAGGUGACAUUAUGAAUAAAUCAAGAGACUCUGAA